CACACACACACACGGUUCACGUUUCACGUUUCUCACCGCUGACGGUUUAGUCACACAGCGAGCAGGACAGAAGACGGUCGACCCCUCAGACGAGUGUUACCACCUUUGGAGAACAAGUCAAAAGGCGCAGCCAUGGGGAAAGGAUGCAUCACAGUCACCAAGUACUUUCUAUUCCUUUUCAACCUCCUCUUCUUUAUUUUCGGAGCAUUGAUCAUGGGCUUUGGCCUGUGGGUCCUCUUUGAUAACCAGAGCUUCAUUGCUGUUCUGCAGGAAUCAUCAGACACAGUGAAAGUGGCUUCCUACAUCCUCAUCGGAGUGGGCUCCUUGUCAAUGGCCAUGGGCUUCUUUGGCUGCAUAGGAGCCAUCUACGAGAUUCGUUGUCUGCUGGGUCUGUACUUCACCUGCCUCCUACUCAUCCUUAUCGCCCAGGUCACCGCUGGAGUUCUCAUUUACUUCCAAAGAGAUCGGUUGAAAUAUGAGAUGUCCAAUAUCAUAAAGGGCAUGAUAAUCAACUACACUGGCCAGAACAGGACCACAGAGCACACCUGGGACUACAUUCAGAGGACGAUGAAGUGCUGUGGAUGGACUGGUCCGGGCAACUGGUCUGAGAACACUGCGAUCAAGAACAGCUCCCAGUACCUCUACUCAUGUUCCUGUCGCAACGAGUCCGUGCCUGGCACGGACAUCAAGGACGGCGGCCUGUGUGAGCACCUCUCCACAGAGCUACCCGUCUACGAAACGGGUUGUAUAACCAGCGUGGAGAAAUGGCUCCUGGAAAACUGUGGCGUUAUUCUGGGAAUCUGUGUCGGUGUGGCAGUCAUUGAGCUCCUUGGGAUGAUCCUCUCCAUGUGUCUGUGCAAGAGUGUCGUCCAGGAGGAUUAUACCAAAGUACCGAAGUACUGAGCUGAAGACAGAUCCAGCUUCACACCACACACAGAUGGACGGACUCCUCUCCUCGCUCUCUCUCUGUCUCUCUCUCUCUCUCUCUCUCUCUCUCUCCUUGUCUCACGUUCUUAUGAACACAUGCACACACAAAUUAAGACAGCUGUCUCCACCAUUUCAGCUUUGCCUGCCUUAACAGCUGUGCAAAUUUCUCACGCCCCAUAUGUCCCGCACACACAUAAACACACACACACACCUCAAUCAAGCUUGACAUGCUUGUCGGCCCACAAGUCCACAAGUUACCAUUGUUGUCUUAGGAUUUUUUUUUAAGUGUUUUUUUUUUUUUAAAGCAGACAUUUCUGAUGUUUCUGAUUUUUUUGGUGGAUGCCUGGGACUUUUUGCGGUGUGAUACUAUGCAAAUGUUCAUUUAUGUGUUGUUUUGUUUUCCUCGGUUGACCUCAAAGAAGCGCUUAACACAGUAGUAGAGAGAGCACUUUAGUGACAUUUGGUGAGCCGAGAGCAUCUCCUGACUCUGGGCGAUGGAGAUGAGAGUGAGACGGGAGGGUGUGGGUGGCUGCGUGGUAGACGCUCUCAAGGAUUAAUGCCACUCUGUGAUCCUGCAGCUGGUAUUUUUGGUGCAGAGGGUGGAGGAGAGGCCCAGGGCAGGGCUGCUGUGGUGGAGGUUCUGGCUUUUUUCAUCAGCUUCUUGUACCCAGCAGCCCUGAUAUUAACCUCCGUUUACACCCACUGCCACCGCUGCCUCCUCCCUCCUGCCGUCCAUCUGUUCUGCGUCUUUAAGUCACGUCUUUGUCCUCCACUCGGGUGUGUCUGAUUGGUAACCAGUAGCUUUCCAAAAUGACUAGUUUUGCAUUAAGUAAGUGUGUGUAUGAUGUGCUGAGUGAGUAUUUUAUUUCUUUUUGUUCUUUUUUUUAUAAUCUCAUGUCAUCUCUGUUUUUUUUACGUCUGUACAUAUGACUUUGGUAAGGGAUUAUGGCACUUUAGUGCUUGGUCAGCGUUUUAUAUGGGAAAGCUGUCACCCACAUACUCUUGUUUUAAGAGUCCUAUUGUUCUUCGUUUCCUGUCUAUUGUUUAAGAUGUACAGAAUGUGGCUGCCACAGCAGCUUGUCAGCUGAAUCAGAUAGAUCGGAACCCUUUAGAGUGACUGUGUCUUGAAGCUAGAUUUUCGUUAGCACAGCACGAGUUUGUGAACAGACCACUUACCAUAAUUGUGCUCGCACAUCUUUAUUAAAGCUCCUCACGCCUGCCUUCAUUUUGAGAAAUCUAGUUUUUUACCAUCAUAGCAAUAACAUAUGAAAACAACAGCUGUGUGACCACAACGUAUUUUCCUUUCCCUGCAGGAUUGUUUGUUUUCCCAGAAUAUAUAGAUAUUGCCUGGUUCAUAUUACAGUAUAUCUGUAACGAGCAGAGAAAAAUGUUGGAAGCUGGCAUUGAUUGCAUAUUUUCAAAGGCCGUCGAGAUCAGGAAGUGGCUGUUCAUCAACUCGUGCUACCUUUUUCUAUAAAUGUUUUUAGAAAGAUGUAGCUUUGAGUUUCCUCAUUCCACUUAUCCAUCUCGUCAUCUCAGUCCUUCAUCUUGACUUCAAACACUAUUAUGGCUGAAUUUAUGGUUAAUUGAGUUGAUAGAUUGCACUUUUAUGUGGAAGGUAGUUUUUCAUGUCUUCUGACAUGAGUCAUUUCAAGUCAUUUUCAUCAUGCUGCAAUUCCACAAGAGGGAGGAAACUGGUCAUAAAAAAGGAAAACAGUCAUCUAUCAGAAUUUUUUUGUGACCUGCCAAAUUGAAAGAUUAAUUUAACUUAAUGUAAGAUGAAGGCUUUUUACUGUGUGUAUAAGAUAUUUUUACUCUUUUGCAAAAAAUGGUGUUAAGUAGAAAAAAAUAUUUGUCGACCUGUAUGCCAUGUUUAAAAACAAAUGUUUCUUUUUAUUAUUGAGAAGUAUAAAUAAACCUGAACCUGCUAGGAUCUGUUGAA